GCUGUUGCAAAAGAUAAGGUUCCCUUUUUUGCGGCUGAGUAGUAGUUCGUUGUGUAAAUGCACCGCAGCUGUUUCAUCCACUCACUGCGUGCAGUUCAGGCACCCGUACAUUUUUUGUUCUCUUGUUUUAUCUGCUCCAUUUCCCCUGGUUGCCAUCAUCCCCUUAUUCCUUGCCCAGCUAUCCCUUUUAACCUUUUUAUCUGCUAAUCCACAAAAGAAAUGUAUUUCUAUAUUUUUAUCUUCCUCUUUUGAAAGAUAUAUUUUUGGGGAUUUUUUAAGGUAUGUAAGGAUCAACUGAAGUUUUGUUAACCAUUUGGGUUUAUAAAACAAAUUUGAAAUUCUGUAGUGAUGAUAAUUUACAUGUUACUAAAAUUCUUCCAAGUAUUUCCAGGAUAUUCGAGAGAUUUACUUUACUGUCAUGCUGCUCAUUAAAUGUAUUUUUAGAAUUUAUCUUAUUUUAUACAACAUAUCAUUAUUAAAUUUAUCCAUUAAUGACCAGUAAGACCAUCAGAACUUGUGUGCUACAUGAAUUAUGGUCAGUGUGUUCCUUAGCUAUGUUUGACUUAUUAAAAAUAUUAUCCAUUGCUUUCCAUAUCUCCAAAGAUUUCACAUUAUGUAUAUGCACUACUAAUUUAUGCCAAAUUUCUCAUGGGGAGCACUUCAACACUAACAUUAUCUCCUGGAAUGCCUACUGUUGCAUUUGUCUUCUAGAGUUCACAUUUACCAACCAAGAAAACGUGAAAAUGAGCAGCCGACGGAAACGGGCUCCCCCAGUGAGAGUGGACGAAGAACGGCAGCAGCAGCUUCGUUGGAACAUGCAUGAGGACAGAAGGAAUGAGCCUCUCACCCUAACUGAUGACGAGCAGCCCCACCCAGCUUCAGAUUCCUCUUCUGCUCAGUGCAUCGUCCUAGACGACAGCCUGAAGGAAGAAGUGUGUCACAGAGAUAAAAAGAGGUGCUCAGAGACAGUGAGCGUCCCGAAGUCGGCCAGUAGAGAAGACACUGGUGACACCUUUUUCCCUUUGUCUGUAAAGCUGAAUAUUGUGAUUUCUCCCUCUCACUUUGACAAUUCUUGGAAAGCACUUCUAGGAGAAUUCACUCUUCAGCUUCUUCCUGAACAGAGUGUAAUUGAAAAUUUUUCUGAAAGGAGUUUUACACUGAUGAGUUCAGAGUCGAGCAGUCAGUUCCUGAUCUGUGCUUGUUCAGAAUGCAUAGACACAGAGAGACAGAAAAAAGGGCUCAGCGAGCCAGUCGGUGUUUGUGACAAGGGUGCGCGAGUGGAAUCGUCCUUCAGUGGGGAGAUGUUAGAGGAUUUGGGAUGGCUGCAAAAGAAGAGAAGAAUAAAGCUUUACCACAGACCAGAAGGGAAUCACGUUAUUAAGGUUGGAAUUUAUCUUUUGGAAGAUGGCCUCGCGAAACUAGACUUUUUGAGCGAUGCAAAUUCAAGAAUGAAAAAGUUCAAUCAACUCAUGAAGAGAGUGAUGGAAAAGUUAUACAAUUUUAUUAUUCCAGAUGUGUUGGAAGAGGAGGAGGAAGAUUCAGAGAGUGAGCCAGAGGGACAGGACGUCGAUGAGCUCUAUCACUUUGUGAAGCACGUGCAUCAGCAGGAAACACAGCCCGUUGAAGUGGAUGUCCAGCAUCCUGCGCUGACUCCUGUGCUGAGACCCUACCAGAGGGAGGCUGUCAAUUGGAUGCUACAACAGGAGCAUUUCAGAAGUGCUCCCGCUAGCGAAAAUGCCCUGCACUUCUUAUGGCGAGAGAUUGUUACAUCUGAGGGUUUGAAACUCUACUACAAUCCAUACACAGGCUGCAUCAUCCGUGAGUACCCAAGUGCUGGGCCACAGUUGUUUGGUGGAAUCUUAGCAGAUGAGAUGGGUCUCGGAAAGACAGUGGAGGUUUUGGCUCUGAUUCUGACACAUACUCGACAGGAUAUCAAACAAGAUGCGCUGACUCUUCCUGAGGGAAAAGUGGUGAAUUAUUUCAUUCCAUCACUUUAUUCUGGAGGACCAGUAAAAAACACAGAAACUCAGAAUAUGGAAAUUGAACCAAAAGAAAAAGUUCAUUGCCCCCCUACACGUGUGAUGCUCCUGACAGCCGUGAAAGAAAUGAAUGGAAAAAAGGGAGUCUCCAUACUUUCCAUCUAUAAGUAUGUCAGCUCUAUAUAUAGAUACGAUGUCCAGCGUAACAGGAGUCUCCUGAAACGGAUGCUGAAAUGUUUAAUUUUUGAAGGUCUUGUGAAACAGAUCAAAGGCCAUGGUUUUUCUGGGACUUUCACACUGGGGAAGAAUUACAGGGAGGACGAUGCAGGCGACAAGAUGAGGAAGCAGGCAGUAUGGAGUCCAAGGAAAAAUCAGAAAGAAUCCAGAAAGUCAGUGAGCAAGGACACAGAUUCUGAGUACUUGCCAUCAAAUACCUCUGAUGAUGAUGAUGAUCCUUACUAUUAUUACUGUAAGCCCAGGAGAAAUCGUAGUAAAAUGAGGAAAAAGCCUUCUCCAUCCACAAAAAAGGGGAAAAGUCAGCCUGACGUCGAUCUCAGUUCACAAGAUCAAGGUCCAGUGACCAGUGACUCUGGAAUCACUGAUGUUACCACAUCCACAAGUACAUGUGUCUUUGAAAUCCAGCAAGAGCAUGCAGCAGAGGCCCAAGCUGAAUCUCCAGACCCUGCUGGUGGUGAUGUGCCACAUUCUAAUAUCACGAGUCCCUAUAAUUCGUCUGACUAUCGUUUUGAGUGCAUAUGUGGUGAGCUUGACCAUGUAGACCGUAAGCCUCGUGUUCAGUGCCUGAAAUGCCACCUGUGGCAACAUGCAAAAUGUGUGAAUUAUGAAGAGGAGAACCUGAAGAUUAAGCCUUUCUACUGCCCCCACUGCCUUGUUGCAAUGGAGCCAGUGUCAACAAGAGCAACACUGAUCAUAUCUCCCAGUUCCAUCUGUCAUCAGUGGGUGGAUGAAAUCAACAGGCAUGUGAGGUCGUCAUCUCUGCGAGUCCUGGUAUAUCAAGGAGUGAAGAAAGAUGGCUUUUUACAGCCUCAUUUUUUGGCAGAACAGGAUAUAGUUAUCAUUACCUAUGAUGUCCUUCGUUCAGAGCUAAAUUACGUAGAUAUCCCACACAGCAACAGUGAGGAUGGGCGUCGCUUACGGAACCAGAAGCGCUAUAUGGCCAUUCCUAGCCCCCUAGUAGCUGUGGAGUGGUGGAGGAUCUGCCUUGAUGAAGCUCAGAUGGUCGAAUGUCCUGCUGUAAAAGCCGCAGAAAUGGCUCAGCGCUUGAGUGGGAUUAAUCGCUGGUGCAUCAGUGGCACUCCAGUACAGAGAGGACUGGAAGAUCUUUUUGGGUUAGUGGUCUUUCUUGGCGUUGAACCUUUCUGCGUCAAACACUGGUGGGUUCGACUUCUCUAUCGCCCUUACUGCAAGAAGAAUCCUCAACCCCUCUACAGCUUCAUUGCCAAGAUUCUGUGGAGGUCUGCAAAGAAAGAUGUGAUUGACCAAAUUCAGAUACCUCCUCAGACAGAAGAAACCCACUGGCUCCACUUUUCUCCAGUGGAAAGACAUUUCUAUCACCGUCAGCAUGAGGUGUGCUGCCAGGAUGCAGUAGUCAAACUCAGGAAGAUUUCUGACUGGGCUCUGAAGCUCAGCAGCCUGGACAGAAGGACUGUAACCUCCAUCCUGUACCCACUGCUGAGGCUCAGGCAGGCCUGCUGCCACCCACAGGCUGUUCGUGGGGAGUUCCUACCGCUCCAAAAGAGCACCAUGACAAUGGAAGAGCUCCUGACGUCGCUGCAGAAGAAAUGUGGAACGGAAUGUGAGGAAGCACAUCGGCAACUAGUUUGUGCUCUCAAUGGCUUAGCAGGGAUCCACAUCAUUAAAGGUGAGUAUGCAUUGGCAGCAGAACUGUACAGAGAAGUGUUGCGUUCGUCUGAGGAACACAAAGGAAAACUCAAAACUGAUUCACUCCAAAGACUUCAUGCUACUCACAACUUGAUGGAAUUGUUGGCAGACAAGCACCCAGGGAUACCUCCUACCUUGCGAGAUGGCAGACUUGAGGAAGAGGCCAGACAGCUGAGGGAGCAUUACAUGAGCAAGUGUAACACGGAAGUUGCUGAAGCACAGCAAGCUUUGCUUCCUGUGCAGCAGACCAUUCGCGAGCUCCAGAAAAAGACUUGUUCUAAUUCUCCUUGGUGGCUGAAUGUGAUCCACAGAGCAAUAGAAUUUUCUGUUGACGAGGAGCUUGUUCAGAGAGUACGAAAUGAAAUAACCAGCAACUACAAGCAACAGACUAGCAAGCUUUCUAUGUCAGAGAAAUUCCGUGAUUGCAGAGGUCUUCAGUUCUUACUAACAACACAAAUGGAAGAACUAAAUAAAUUCCAGAAACUUGUAAGAGAGGCUGUAAAAAACCUGGAGGGACCUCCAUCUCGUAACGUUAUUGAGUCUGCAACAAUCUGCCACCUUCGACCAGCCAGACUUCCUCUCAACUGCUGUGUCUUUUGUAAGGCUGAUGAAUUGUUCACAGAGUAUGAAUCAAAGCUGUUUUCUCACACAGUCAAAGGCCAGACUGCAAUAUUUGAGGAGAUGAUAGAAGAUGAAGAAGGACUGGUGGAUGAUCGAGCACCUACCACCAGCCGGGGUCUAUGGGCAAUAAGUGAGACAGAACGAUCUAUGAAAGCUCUACUGUCGUUUGCAAAAUCACAUAGAUUUGAUAUUGAAUUCAUUGAUGAAGGAAGUAUUUCAAUGGAUCUCUUUGAAGCUUGGAAAAAGGAAUAUAAGUUGCUUCAUGAAUAUUGGAUGGCUCUGAGGAAUCGUGUGUCUGCUGUUGAUGAACUUGCAAUGGCUACAGAGCGUCUAAGAGUUCGUCAUCCUGGGGAGCCAAAGCCCAACCCACCUGUCCUUCACAUCAUUGAACCACAUGAGGUAGAGCAAAAUCGGAUAAAGCUACUAAAUGAUAAAGCUGUUGCUACAUCACAGCUUCAGAAAAAACUUGGGCAGCUUCUUUACCUAACUAACUUGGAGAAGUCUCAAGACAAAACGUCAGGCGGUGUUAAUCCUGAACCUUGUCCAAUCUGUGCCCGGCAGCUGGGAAAACAGUGGGCCGUCCUGACCUGUGGGCACUGUUUCUGUAAUGAAUGCACUUCAAUUAUUAUUGAACAGUACAGCGUAGGCUCCCACAGAAGCUCCAUUAAGUGUGCCAUCUGCCGCCAGAACACAUCUCACAAAGAAAUCUCCUACGUCUUUACCUCAGAGAGAGCCAGCCAGGAGGAAGACAUCCCUGUGAAGGGCAGUCAUUCUACAAAAGUGGAAGCCGUGGUCAGAACUCUGAUGAGAAUCCAGCGUAGAGAUCCGGGGGCUAAAGCGCUCGUGUUCUCAACGUGGCAAGAUGUAUUAGACAUUAUUUCAAAAGCUCUCACUGACAACAACAUGGAAUUUGCACAGAUCAGCCGUGUGAAGACAUUUCAGGAGAACCUUUCUGCAUUUAAGCAUGAUCCCCAAAUCAAUAUUUUGCUGCUGCCCCUGCACACAGGUUCUAAUGGGUUAACUAUCAUUGAAGCUACUCAUGUUCUCUUGGUGGAGCCCAUAUUGAACCCUGCCCAUGAGCUUCAGGCCAUAGGAAGAGUGCACCGAAUUGGACAAACAAAACCGACUAUUGUACACAGAUUCUUAAUUAAGGCAACGAUAGAAGAAAGGAUGCAAGCAAUGCUGAAAACUGCUGAGAAGAGUCAUACCAACUCCUCGGUGAAGCAUCCAGAGGCCUCCGUCCUGACCGUGGCUGAUCUGGCAGACCUCUUUACCAAAGAAACUGAAGAGCUCGAGUGAAGUACUUGGUUCAGUCGGCAAACUCCAAUGCAUUUAAAAACUGCCAUAGCUUGUGGAGCAAAGUUAUAAGUAAAAUAUCCAGUAGAUGUCAGUACACACUAUUCUUAGGUGAAUGAAUUUCUUUUCUAGUUGUACAGUGUCCUAGUAGUUAUGGUACCCUUUUCACUAUGCUGUUUCCAGAAGAUCUAUAAAGAUUUUUAAUUUUUCACUCCCAAUAAAACAUUUAUUUUUGUUCUAAAGAAUAUCUAUAUCUGAGUGAAUUAAGACAGGUAAUAGGUAUGUUUCUUUUGAUAAGGUCAGUCUUAAAAAGAGUUGGAAUAUGAGAAGGUAAACUAGCCUAGUUUUAUAUGACCUGAUUCAACCAACACGAGUCACAUUUUUGAAGGGCCUUUAGUAUCUUUAGCACAUAAUUCAGCAAUAUCUUGUAAGUAAUAUUUUAAGUAGAUAAUGAAUUAUAUUAACUCCCAGUUAUUUAAGUAGGUUUAGACUGUAACUCCAUUCAUAGUAACUUUACAGUAGUACAACUCCUAACAAUAAGUUAAUAUUAGGCAAUUAUUUCUUUUCAUUGUAUCUUGCCACGAAAAAUCAAAACAACACUUUCUCUGUUUCUCUUACAUGUUAAGUAGUGUCAGUGUAAGCAGUUAACUUCAAAUAGCGUUUUUAAAUAUUUACCUUAAAAUUAUCUAACCUGCUUUCUCUACUUUUAUUUUUUCUUAUUGUUUUUACAUGUUUUAAGAUUGAGGUAUAUGUAAAUAUUGCAACUUUUGUAACUUUAGUUCUUAUUAUGACAUGGAAAUAUGGCAGGUUUUUAAAUCAUUAUUAUACUGAUGUCUUGCAUUCCUUUCCUUUCCUGUGUUCUUGUGUAACUAGACUUUUAAACACAAAUAUCUAAAUUUAUGAUCGGGUUUGUUAUUUUAUUCCACUAGUACUUAUCUCAAAGACCAGUAUUUUAUCUUUGAAACAAGAAAAUGUUGUAUUUACAUAAGCAAAUAAUUGCAAGUGCUAAUAACUUAGUAUUUCUUCUUCUGUGAAGAAUUAAUGGACUUUGAAAUUGGUAACUAAGGAGUAGUAGCUUAUUAUAUCCUAGCCAUUUGAUGUAGCAGAAAUGUUCCUGUUUUGUUUUGUUUUGUUUUGUUUUUUGUUUUGUUUGAGCCUUCAAAGUUUUAAAUGACCCUCAGGAUUCAUUAGCUUCUACUUAGCUACGCAGAAAAGUGUAUUAGAAACAUCCCCUGGAUCACAGUUGUCCGAGGUGCUUUGGUGCUUAGUUAAGGUGCAUUUUCCUAUUCUGGGUUUGGCAUAACUCAGCUGAAGAAACACACACACUUUUGGUGCCUGUUCUUCGGUGAAGGGAGAGAUGCACUGAUUCUUUCAUAUGAGGUUAAACAGAAUAUUAUUCUUAUAGCUCUUCGCAUAUUAUAAAGAGCUCUCCUGUACAUUCAUGUGUUUAAUUUGCCCAACAGUCCUGGGAAGUUGAUAUCAUUAAUAUCAUUCCUGUUUUAAAGGUGGAGAACUGAGGUUCAGAAGCACUGAGAAACGUGCCUAUGACACAUACAGGCUAGACCAGGCAGCUCAGGUCCCCUGACCCACGUCGCACGUUCUUCCUCACUCACCUGCUCUGCCGAGAUUCAGAAAGCCCGUGGUUAGAAUUUAAUGAUGAGCGUAUUUUAGUAUUUCUGUGUGUUUCCUAGUGUUCCUUUUGAGCUAACGUUGUAGGGGAAGCAAUUUGAUAUGCUUCAAUUUUGUAAAAAAUCUAUAUAUAUACAUACAUAUAAUACACCUAUCUGUAUUAGAGGAAAUACUGCUCUUAUUUAUUUCUGUAAGAUAUCACCGAUCAAAUAAAUAUUUUAGUGGAAGUUGAAAUUUGGGGAUUUAUUUAAUUUCUGAGCUGUAGAACGUACUGCGUGGUGUGUUUUUGUUGUUUUUUGUUUGUUUUGGUCUCAACAAAAUAUGUCAAAAUCGUUUCUAUUGCAGAAUCUCAUAUUUUGCAGACAUUUGUUAUUUAUUUCAAACAAUUGUGACAAUUCUUCCAAAUAAUUGUUCAAAACAAAUACAGAUCUAACCCCCACGUCUCCUUGGCCACAAGCAAAGGACUUUUUUGUUUCCUUCUUCCAUCAUUUCAUAUUCUCUGGAAUAUCCCUGUGCUUAUAAAUAGUUGUUCUUAAACGGGUGGUGUGCUAGUGAAACUGAGAAAUAAUGAGACAGAUCCAGUCCUUAGAGACGUAGGGUGAGUUUGUAAGUCUGAAAAGACUUCUUUAUAUACAAUGUAAAAUACAUGUACCUGAUUCUAUGCUGUCGCCACAAACCCAGGUAGCUUUGCUGUGUUUAUUGCAGCUUCCACCUUUUUCCCUGUACGUGCUCUCGGCAGCAUGAUCCAUGCAUUUGAUUUUAGCAGCUGGUCCCUUUCAUAUCAUACUAAUAACAAACUAAAAACUCCUGACAUGAUAAUUCAACAUGGAAAUCACAAAUACUUUACAAGUAAUUAUUAAGCCUAACAGUAUUUAUCAAAAUAGGUAGGAACUGACUUUAGCAAUGUGAGAUUAAGCAUUUCGAGUGGACAAAUGGAGAAAUGGUGUCUCUGCAACCUCCCCUGCUCUCAUUCACUGGUUCUCCGAAGAUUCGGUGUGCUGGAGACCUUUAUGUUUAUUAGACUCAAAGGACAGUCUCUCAGAAAUGCAAAAUCACCUAUGCUAAAUGGCCUCGGGUUUAGUUAAAUUGAAUAAAAAGUAUCUUUCAGUUUUUCUAGAAUUUAAACAGAAUCCUACAAUAAUAGGCCAUUUCGUAAUUUGUAACUGGCCUGCCAAUAUAAAAAUGAAAUAUCAUUAAAACAGUGCAGUAUAAGCAAUGCAUUUUAAGCCUGGCUACUCUGAUAAAGGAAACCUAAUCUUCGAAUGGUAUUUCUUCAAAGUAGGAUGGAUUAACUAUAUUUUAUAGAAUGUAUAAGAAUCUGCAUGUACCUCUGUUACAUUGUGUAGAAUGUGAACCACUUGCAAGUCUUCCGUUGGACCAUGUGGUAAUUGAUAACCCCAAAGGUAAUUCAGCUCUCAGGCUAGGCAUGCGGUGUUAGUAGAGUUGUUACCCAGCCAAAAGUUCGUGUACCCAACACUUCAAAAAGGCCAGUAUUCAAUACGUCAGAGUUUGGAGUAAGGAAGUGUUUAGUGAUGAGAAGACGGGGGCCUCAGAGUUUCCUCAAAUCCAUCUUAAGCAAGCAGAAAGGUCGGGCUUCCUUAUAUCCAGGGGAGGGAAAAUAGGACGAGCUGUUUUGUAAAAACUCAAGCCCAAAGCUGAAUUCCUCUAAUGAUUAUCAAGUCUAGAGCAGAAGCAUUAGCCUGAAGGCCAUGGGAAUGAUACAGGCCAGGACAUGGGCACCCGAGGAACCGAGCACUUCACUCUCACAGUUACAGAGCAGAAAAGUGUCACCUCAGAGAACAGCUCGAGAGCUUGGCAGGGACCAAAAUUACAUCUCUAGCCUUCCCUUGCCUUCCUCAGCACUUCAGGGGCUGACUCUGUGUCUUGUCUUUGGAGGUCCCACACCAUCUGUUGUAUCCUGUUCCAUUAUUUAAUAUCAGUGACUCUCAAGACUGAUUUUGUUCGUUGAAACUGAAUUUGUUAUAUUGAAACCAAAUCUUUUGUACUGCAGCAUAUGCUUGCUUUCCUCGCAAAAUAGAAAUAAAAUUUAACCUC